AUGACACUGAUAUCCGGGCUGAAGAAAGAUAUUGAACGUAAUGGAGAUCAAGGACAUGUUGUUUACCGAGCUCCCGAUGGAACGAUUCUAAGAAACACCGAUGAUAUCGUGAAGUACUGCACAACAGAUGGAACAUGCAAAUGUGGCAUGCCGAGUAAAAUCGACCUGAGCGAACUCACCUUCGAAAAACCUGUAAAAUAUGAAACGAUAAGACUCUCCCUGAGAAAGCUCAGUAGCAAUUGGACUUCAGUAAAGCCUGCUGAUAAAAGAAAAAUACAAGAUGAUAUCAAAACGAAAAAGACGAAAAAACUAAAAAUAGAAGAGAUCUGCCGCAACCUUUCCAAAAUGCCAGAAACUUCCAAAUUCAAGACACAACUUGUCGACAAGGAUAAUAAUCAUAUUCCAAACUCUGCACAAAGAAUCAUUUCCAAAUAG